UGCACCCUUCGCAAGCACAAGUGCUGUUCUGCAACCUACAUACUGCAUACAUACCGCUGCGUCGCCGUUUCGCUGCGAUCGCUGCCGCAAAUCCAAGACUCUUGCAUCCUGUAGCACCAUGAGGACCAUCCUCGCCCUCGCUAUCGGCGCGACGGCCUUCCAGACCUCGACGCGCCGGACACCGGCGCGCGUCUCCUUAAAUGCGGCGCCCCAGGAGGGCGACCUCUCCGGCAAGGUCGCGUUCGUCGCGGGCGUCGCCGACAGCACGGGCUACGGCUGGGCCAUCGCCAAGUCGCUGGCCGAGGCGGGCUGCAAGAUUAUUGUGGGCACCUGGCCACCGGUCCUCGCCAUCUUCAAGAAGUCGCUCGAGGGCGGCAAGAUGGACGCCGACCGCGAGUUGUCUGGUGGAAGAACCAUGGACAUCGACAAGAUCUACCCGCUCGAUGCGGUCUUCGACACCCCUGAGGAUGUCCCGGAGGAGACGAAGACCAACAAGCGCUACGCCGGCUUGGAUGGGUACACGAUCUCCGAAGUCGCGAAGCAGAUCGAGGCGGACUACGGCAAGAUCGACUUCAUGAUCCACUCGCUGGCGAACGGUCCGGAAGUGACGAAACCGCUCCUCGAGACGUCGAGAAGGGGCUACCUCGGCGCCAACUCCGCGUCGGCCUACUCCUUCGUGUCGCUCGUGCAGCACUGCGCCCCCAUCAUGAACGAGGGCGGUGCGGCGUUGUCCCUGACCUACAUCGCGUCCGAGGACGUCAUCCCGGGCUACGGCGGCGGCAUGUCCUCGGCCAAGGCCGCCCUCGAGAGCGAUACCCGUACUUUAGCGUGGGAGGCCGGUCGCAAGUACGGCAUCCGCGUCAACACCAUCUCCGCGGGCCCCCUCAAGUCCCGGGCCGCCUCCGCUAUUAGCGAGAGGGGCAAGAAGUCCUUCAUCGAUCUCGCGAUCGACUACUCGAAGGCGAACUCCCCGCUCGGCAAGGACUUGUAUGCCGACGACGUCGGGUCGUCGGCCUACUUCUUGCUCUCGCCUUUAGCGAGGGCGGUGACGGGCGUGACGCUCUACGUCGACAACGGCCUCCACGCCAUGGGCAUGGCGGUGGACUCGAACGCGCUGACGGCCGACGGCGAGGGCCUGCCCGUGCCGGCCAAGGCCUAG